UCACGGUUGUUUGAAGAAGGAGGGGGAGGAGAAAGGGGCGGGUACAGAGGUCGUAAGCCCCUCCCCCUCAGGGCCCCGGCGCCUCCGUGUUCCAAUGGAAACAGGUGGGAUUCCCGACUCCUCCAAUCACGCCCUCUUUCUGUGCCGCGGGGGGGAGAGAGUCCAGAACCGGAGGCAGAGCCGACCAACUUCCACAUUCAAAACAGGAAAAGUCAGGAAAACACGGUCCGCGCGCGCGUGACGCCUGUAACGCGUGGGUUCAAAGCGAGUUCGGGGAGCUUUUAGCGGGACAGCAGUUCGCCGGACUACCUGGGAAGUGCGAGACGCAGUGGGACCUUUUUUUCUGCGAUGGGGAGCAAGUGACUGGAUUUAGGACCGCUUUUUACCCGGAUUCGAAAACCAAAUCGGCCUGGUUUGUACCCCCGAGUUCCUCUGGAUUAAAACAGUUGGAGAAUGCCUGCGAAGACCAAAUACAACCUGGUGGAUGAUGGACACGACCUGAGGAUCCCGCUGCACAACGAGGAAGCGUUCCAGCAUGGAAUCAACUUCGAGGCAAAGUACAUCGGGAGUCUGGAUGUAACGCGGCCGAAUAGCCGGGUGGAGAUCGUGGCUGCGAUGAGACGAAUCCGGUAUGAAUUCAAGGUGAAAAACAUCAAAAAGAAGAAAGUCAACAUCGUCGUGUCAGUCGAUGGUGUCAAGGUUACUUUGAGGAAAAAGAAAAAGAAGAAGGAGUGGACGUGGGAUGAAAGUAAGAUGAUCGUGAUGCAAGACCCAAUUUACAGGAUUUUCUACGUUUCCCAUGAUUCCCAGGAUCUGAAGAUCUUCAGUUACAUCGCCAGGGAUGGACAAAGCAACGUUUUCCGCUGCAAUGUCUUCAAGUCCAAAAAGAAGAGUCAGGCCAUGCGUAUCGUUCGGACGGUUGGCCAAGCAUUCGAAGUCUGUCACAAGCUGAGUCUGCAGCACACACAGCAAAAUGCGGAUGGACAAGAGGGCCUCAAAAAGAACAGCAAUGGCUCCUCUGUUCCAGGUGUGCGUGCUUAUCCACCUGUAUGUGUAUGUACUUUCCUCGGCUCAGCACGUGAGCUAACAGAUGCAGAGAAGCCGCCGACCAUCACAGAGGAGACGGAUAUCGAUGCAGAAGAAGUUAACCAAGUACCCGCAGCAGAAGAUCUAAAUCCAGACAGGGGGGUGACGGAUCUCGAUGCCACUCCCACAACGCCAGAGGCCAACCACUCAGAAAACAAGCCGGUAUCAGAAGAGGCGUCUCUGCUGUUGUCCAGCCCCAGGAUGCUGCUUCCGGCGUCGGGUACCCUCCCACCAGGUGCCCCCUUAUCUGUCCACCACCAGAUCCAGCUCCUGCAGCAGCAGCUCCAGCAGCAGCAGCAGCAGACUCAAGUGGCUGUAGCCCAGGUCCAUCUCUUGAAGGACCAGCUGAGUGCGGAGGCUACGGCUCGGCUGGAGGCCCAGGCUCGAGUCCACCAGUUGCUGCUGCAGAACAGAGAUCUGCUGCAGCACAUCUCCCUGCUGGUUAAACAGAUCCAGGAGCUGGAAACUAAAAUCUCUGGACCAAACUCAAUGGGCUCACAGGACAGUUUGUUAGAAAUCACCUUCCGGUCCACGAUCCCUCCAGUGAUCUGUGACCCGACCACACCCAAACCGGAGGUGUCCGCCAUCAACCUGCCGGGGAUUGGCACCAACGACGGGACCACCAACCCCUUCUCCUCUUCCAAUGGAACUCUGGGAAGCCCAUUAGUUGAUCAGAGUAUGUUUGAGAACUCUGUUGCUCAGCAGCCGAGUCCUCAGACCUCCAGGUCCAAUCAGCCCGGUGCUCGGCGCUCCUCGGCCAACUCUGCCUCCGCGGACUCGCCGUCCUCUGGAGGACAGCAGCGGCUUAAAAAUGCCAUUAACCUGGGCAAGGCGGUGGGAGCAAAGGUCAACGAUCUGCUGAGAAGAAAAGAGCCGAGCCACCUCGGGGACAUCGGCGUAACCGAGGUCAACAAGAACGUGGCGACAGCGUGGAGCAGCACGAAUCAGCUCGCCGCCGCCGCCAACAGCCACAUCUCCUUUGACUGCUUUCCUCGGCUGGACCCGCCCCCUCCUGGGAAGAAGCGGCACCCCCGAGCUCUGAAAACCACGCAGGACAUGAUGAUCUCCUCUGACCCCGUGGUUUCCUCGCCAGAUGCCGCUGACACGCCCCCCUUCCUCCCUCCUCCUGAGAAGAUGACUCCCACCCCUAAAGAGGAGGUGAGGAACAAGGAGCAGCAGCUGGAGGAGGAGGACGAGUCCACAGAUGUCACACCUUCGUCCGUUCCAGCAGAGGAUAAAGCUGAGACGGAUUUAGAGGCGGGGAACGACUGCAGGGCGGAUGGAGUGACGGCAGGAGGGCCGGAAGAAGGGAGCGCCGAAGGAGACGUACAGGAGGAUGAGCACCGGCAGCAGCCGCAGCUCUCUGUGCCAGACCUCAUCAACAAAGACCCGCCCGUGGAGUCCAGGACCAAACCCUGCGACGUCUGGCAGAAGGCGUCCGGCCCGGACUCCAGGCUGGCCUCCACCCCGCGCUCCGACAAAACUCACCGCAUCAGCCUGGGCGAGGAGGUGCUGCUGGGAAACGGCAAAGACAAUGGCUGUGAGGAGGCGGAGCCUCACCCGGACCUGCUGUCGUUUGAGUGACGGACCAACAGCAGCUCAGAGAAACCGUCAGAUCAAAGACUCGCCGCCAGAACAGACAUGAACUUUUGAACCAACUUUUUAGUGGCCAGGAGACUUCUAGGUCUGAGGUCAGUCAGACGCCGCAGCUGUUUUUUUGUUUUUUUAUGAAUGAAAAGAGAAAAACAUGAGGGAAAAAGCUGCAGCUGGUUCAGAGCAGUUCAGCUGUUUCUCUGAUUACGUAACAAUGAAUGUAUUUCUAUGUGCAAAAUAUCCUUUAAAAAACACUCAAACUCUGAUUAUCCUGAAAUCCUGUAAUAUAUUUCAUCCACUACAAGUGAUUUUUUUUUUUUUAUCACUUUGACUAUAAAUCGAGCAAAAGCUGCUGCAAUAAGACACUAAUAUAUGAUGAAUAUCCAAAUCCUUUAUAUUUAGAGAACAUUAUUUAUGCGUUUGAGGUUUGGAAGAGAAGGAGGAAGUGAAAGGAUGAGCAAACAGGAAGGUGUUGGUUAAAAGGUGGACUUUCACUCCACUCAAGAGCAGAAGUUUUUGAAUCAGGUUUCCUCAAGAAUGAUCAACUUAAAGAUCAUUCUCUAAUUAUUUGAAUCAAGUUUUGUUGUGGGGAAGAUUGAGAUCAGCUUCCUGCUCCGAACGGACUGAAAGGGACUUGUCGUUCUGGAAGGUAAAAGUGACGUUUAGCCAAAGAGAGAAGGACAGAAUGAGCUGAGACCAGAGAAACCAGAGACCAAAGAGUGAAAUUAACCACUUUUGAGGCAAAGAAAAGCAAUAUUAUUAUUCUUAUAUUUACACUUUACUUGACAAUUGACAGAUGUAAGCCAAAGUCAAUGCAUAGAAACAUUUUGUUGCAGUUUUAUUAGUAUUUUAUGUCUUUUGGGGGGGGGUUACUCAUGAUUUAUUCUUUUAAAUAACAUGGUUGCUUUAACAAAAAAAGCUCACAAAGCAAAAUAUUUCUUUACUGUUUCUUCUCCUUUUUCUUUUAGCAGAAAUUCAUCAAUUUCUGGAAGUUGGCUCUUAAAAUUUGGUUAAUUAACCUUUAACUUUUGUUUUAAAAUACAGAGAAAUGCAGAGAAGCUCCGUAUUAGAAUAAAACGAGCUGCUAAUAAACGGUGGAAGCAUAUUUCUGCAGUGUCAAAGGGAAUUCCUACAUUUAAGACAUUUGUGAUCAUUGUGUAGAUUUUUAAUCACUGAUCUGGAAAGUGUGGGUCCUCUCUGGAACUGUAGCUAGAAUGUAGCUGAAUAAAAAAAUAUUUUGUGAUCAUUAGAGUUCAGAAAAAUGACACUUUAUUUCAUGGAUUGAUGAUAAAGGUGCAGCUUUUCUUUGAGUUUUCUUCUUCUACAAACUGUUUUGUAAGACAUGAAGGACAAUGAUUUACUGUUUAUGGGUUAUUUAGCUGCUUUAUUUUGGAUAAAAGAGAAGAUACAUUUAUGUUUCUGCCUCUUUGAUGUAUUUUAUUCUGACAGAAUUUCAGCAAUAAUGAAGGAAACUGCUGCUUUCGACCGCUAUGGGAAAACGACUUCAAAUCUGGGACUUUUUAUGGGUCUUUCUCUGUUCCAUUACAUACAUUUAUUAUAUGAUUUUUAUGUGACAAAAGAAUCAAUGCUUUAGCUUUUUAUUUUCAUACUGUACUGUUUUUUUGUUUUAUGAGGGGAGGUGAUCUUUUCCUGCAACGACUGUAAUCUUAUAAAAAUAGAUUUGAUCAGGACUUCC